UCCCAGAGGAGGGGUGUGCCGAUGGGUCCCCAAGUCCUCCUCAGAGCCCUCCGAGUGCCUGCCCCUUCCCCAGUGCCAUGGCAGCCUCUCCCUGGAGCCUGUCCGAAGACAGCUCCAGCAGCCCAGAUGAGGAGGGGCCUGGCACCUGGGGGGAGCCGGAAGUCGCCCAGCCCCUGCUCCAAGCAGCACUCCACCGGAAGGCCGCUGACCUGGUGGUGUUCCUGCUGCUCAAGUAUCGCACCCAGCAGCCCACCAGCCAGGCAGAGAUGCUGGAGGUGGUCGGCAACGACUACCAGGACGCCUUCCCCGUGAUCUUCGGCCAAGCGUCCGCGUGCAUGCGGCUGGCCUUUGGCGUGGAUGUGAAGGAGGUGGACCCCAGCGACCACUCCUACGUCCUGGUCACCGUCCUGGGCCUCACGUGCGGUGGGAUGCCGAGCGGUGAGCAGGGCAUGCCCAAGACCGGCCUCCUGGUGGUGCUCUUGGGGAUAAUCCUGCUGGAGGGCGACUCUGCCCCGGAGGAGGAGGUGUGGGAAAAGCUGGGAGUCAUGGAGGUGUACCCCGGCAAGGAGCACGUCAUCUACGGGGAGCCCAGGGAGCUGCUCACCAAUGUCUGGGUGCAGGAAGGGUACCUGGAGUACCGGCAGGUGCCCGGCAGCGACCCUGCCCGCUACGAGUUCCUGUGGGGUCCCAGGGCCUAUGCUGAAACCAGCAAGUUGCAAGUGCUGGAGUAUAUGAUGCAGGUCAAUCCCGGGCAGCAGCCUUCCUCCCUGGCCCUGUCUGAAAAGGCAGUGAGUGAUGAGGAAGAGGGGGCCUGAGCCCCAGGGGUGGCCAGGCCCUUUCCAGGCUUUGGUGGGGCCGGCAGCUUCUCCUGUGGGAUGCUGGGCGGGAAGUGAG